AUGCAAAAUCAAAUGGUGCGACCGGGGAUGCCACAAGGGGGACCUCGUCCAAUGAGGCCGAGUUUCAACCCUGCCGGCCGACCGGGUCUCUCUCAAGGAUCAUCGAAUUCACCAAGACACCAACAUCCGCAUGCGCCGAUGAGAGGAGCGGGUCCAAUGAGACCUGACAUGAAGAGAGGUCCACGACCAGUUCAGCCAGGGCAGCGUAUGCAAAUGCGUCCCCAGAGACCGCACUUUUCCGGCGCUGCGCCUGGUCCAUCAAGCAGACCAAGCAUGCCUCCUCAAUCGAGGCCAGGAAUGCAAGGGCCUGGAGUCAGACCAGGACGACCCGAAGGGGCAGUAGCUCCUAUCCGCGCGGUGCAGAGUCCUUCGCCCCGAACUCCUUUGAAUCCACAAGCCAGGCCGCAAGGUCUCAAGCCGAUCCGUGGGCUACCGAUUGGCGCCUCUGUCAAAAUUAAAACUAACGUCAAAGUUCCAAACAAACAAGCGGCUCCACCGGUGGCUCCUGUGAAACCGGAUCCGCCAUCGCAGAAGACAUCCGAUUCAUCUGAAAAUGCUCUUCAGCAGUACGAAGUUGCAAAAGCUCCCGAAUCACAGAACUCAGCUGCCAACAAUCAACCCACUGAAACAGAGCCAGAGCCGUCAAAGACAAGCAUACCCGCCAAAAGCGAGACUAAAACGGAAGAAUCCGCACCACCAGAAACUCCUCCCCCGGCGAAAGAAUUGCCAAAACCGCCUCCACCUGAGAACGACUCAUCCGAAGACGAGCUCCAAAUUGACGAGAGCGUUGAACCUGACGCUGUUGGUUGA